CCACCUCGUUUUUUCUUCAUUUUUAUUGUAUACCUUUCCUCCAGCCUUUCUCCUCCCCCUCCUGUAUAACUAGAAAUGGGCCUGAACAGCGACGGGAGCACACGGCAGACACAAGGCAUGCUCCACACAACGCAGGCACCGGUAUUAUCUGCGGGUGACGGCUACACGCGUAACUGGAUCGCUUCCUGGCAGCAAUAUGCGGUGCUGAUACUACCAGGCAUUGCAAUGCUUGGGUAUGUUAUCGUCCCGGCCCUUUGGAGUCGGCUGGCAGCGUGGCUCGGGCAACUGAGGCGGCUUCGCUCGGGUGACUCGGAGCUGCAGCACCAGCUUCUGGGAAGAGCUCAUCGCAGCAGCAGCCAGGCAUUGGCAGCAUACUCGGAACAGGCAGCACAUGGGGGCGUGGCGGCGGCAGCGGGCACAACAAAAGCAAAGAAGAAGUCGCGUUCGCAGGGGCGCAAGUCAGGCGCAGUGGAUGCAAUUGCGCAGCGCAUUGUGCUUGACAAGCUGGCAGGCAACGCGCUGAUCUGGGUGAUCAACGGCGAGUGCCUAAUCCACCUGAUGCUGGGGUUCGCGUUGCGGCAGGAGACGCAGCGGCACAUGCCCCACUCGCACAGCGAGGUCAGGCUGGUUGAAUGGCUUAUCUUUGCACAGUUCUGCGUGUCGCUCAGCUGGCUACGGCAGCUCAAGCGGCGGUUCAAGGUGCGCCCACACCAUAUCAGCCAGCCGCCAGCCAACCCGUCGUUUCUGUGGACGUGGGGACGCGAGGGAUUCUGGACGUUUGCUCUGCUGGCAUCGGGUGCUGAGCUGCUUGCAUAUAUUAAAUGCACACUGGCAGCAGAGGCAGCGGACAUGGAGCCUGCAACCCAGUCGCUGAUGUUGCUGACACUGAUUUCCAUCCGCAUCCUGGUCAACUGCAUGCUGGUUGGGUGUGCUCUCUAUGGGCUUGUUCUGCACAGGCGCCAACUGGUUAGUAUCUGCGCGCGGAAUGCACGUCUUGCAGCAGCAACAGCAACAGCAACAGCAACAGCAACAGCAACAGCAACAGCAACAGCGAACAGCAUUGCUCAGCACAGCUUUGCUCAGGUCGUGCAAGGUGAUAGUUGCGGAAGUAUGGACACAAUCAACAUUGGCGCGGAAUGUCAACACACACCCAGCCAGUACAAUACUUUGCACAGUGACCACAACCACACAGGUGCCCACAGUGGAUCUACGGAGACGACGCCGCUGCUGCAAUCGACCGACCAGCCGCCCAUUGGCCUGUCAGCGACACCCGAGGACGCAGCCCAAAGCGCAAGCAAGCCCAGCGGCAGGCAGUCGGACGGCGAAAAUGACGACGACGAACAUGACUCCGAUGCAUUGCGCAGCGGCGUGAAGAAGGUCAAGAUGUACCACCAGUCGGAGGAGCUCGACCACGAUAUGAUUGGGCUGCGAAAGCGCAUGGCCCAUCUGUGGCCGUUCCUGUGGCCGUCCGAAGACAGAAGGCUGCAGCUGCGCAUUCUAGGCUGCAUUCUGAUCGUCGCAGCGGGCCGGCUGGUCAACCUGCUGGUUCCCUUGCAGUUCAAGGUGGUUGUGGAUGGACUGACACCCAAGGGAGACUCGCCGGUCGAGUUCCACUGGGCCAAUGUGCUGCUGUAUGCUGUGCUGCGGUCGAUGCAGGGAACGGCUGGCGUGCUGACAACAGUGCAGAAUUUUGUCUGGCUGCCCGUGGGCCAGAACACGACGAAGCGCAUCUCGGUGGCCAUGUUUGAGCAUCUGCACAGGCUGUCGCUGCGGUUCCAUGUUGGCCGCAAGACCGGCGAGAUCCUGCGUGUGCAGGACCGCGGCGUCACGUCGGUGGUCUCGCUUCUGACGUCAGUGCUGUUCAACAUCAUCCCGACAAUUGCCGACAUUGUGCUCGCAUGCUACCUGUUCUCGGCCAUGUUCGAUCUGUACUUUGGCACAAUCGUGCUGACCACAAUGUCGUCGUACCUGGCCGUCACCAUUCUGCUGACCGACUGGCGCACGCGUUACCGCCGGCUGUCCAACUGGCUGGACAACGAGAUGGAGGCACGUGCGGUCGACUCGCUGCUGAACUUUGAGACGGUGAAGUACUACAACGCGGAGCAGUUCGAAGGCAAGGAGUACUCGCACUCGGUCGAUGCGUUCCAGGUCGCCGAGUGGAAGAGCAACGCCGCCAUGAACCUGCUCAACAUGGCGCAGAGCCUGAUGAUCCAGCUGGGCCUGCUCGCUGGCGCGCUGCUCAGCGCCAAGCGCGUGUCUGACGGCAAAAUGACUCAGCUGUACGAGCCGCUCAACUGGUUUGGCACGUACUACCGCGUGAUCCAGAAGAACUUCAUCGACAUGGAGAAGCUACUUGAGCUGUUCGACGAGCCGAUCGAGGUCCAGGAUCUGCCGGCACCUGAGCCCCUGGAGGUCAACCGCGGCGAAGUCGUCUUUGACAACGUGUCCUUCUCGUACGACUCGCAGCCGACUCUGCAGAAUAUCUCGUUCAAGGUGCCGGCCGGGUCGACCGUGGCGCUGGUUGGUCCGUCAGGGAGCGGCAAGAGCACCAUCCUGCGGCUGCUAUUCCGCUUCUACGAUGUUCAGGCUGGCCGGAUCUUGAUUGACGGACCAGGACAUCCGCAGUGUGCCGCAGACACGGUUCUAUUCAACGACUCGAUCCGCUACAACAUCGCCUAUGGCCGCGCUGGCUCAGGCUUCAGCCCGGGUGUGUCCAUGCACGACGUGAUUAACGCUGCCGACGCCGCCAAGGUUCACGACAAGAUCAUGGCUUUCCCGGAAAACGCCUGUCCGGGCGGCGAGAAGCAGCGCGUGGCCAUUGCCCGCUACCCUGCUCAAAGACCCGAAGAUUGUGUACCAUCGCUGCACGAGAUGACACAGAACCGCACCACGCUGAUCAUCGCCCACCGCCUGUCAACCAUUGUCCACGCUGACCAGAUCAUGAUCGUGUCGGGGGGCAAGAUUCUGUUUGGUGACAGGAAAUCGCUGUACUAUGACAUGUGGAUGAAGCAGAUUGCCGAUACCAAGCAAGGCCCUACCGACCAGGAAGAAUCCGACCACCCGGCCGAACUGUCUGAUUUUAAUGUCGUUAGCAGUGUCGCGACUCGCCGCAACCGCAGCCACCUGCUGCUGGCAUUCGACGAGACGCUGCUGCCGCGCAUCAUGCAUUCGCCGGCCUGGAUGUCGCAGGGCCCGCUGACGGCUCCGCUGCUGACCUCGUCGUCAUACUCGGUGCUUGACUCGGAUGAGGUCCAGGCCGAUGCACAUUUGGAUCCAACCAUUUCGCCUGACGACGAUGCAGAUGAGACUGUAGGUCUGAUGCCGGCUGGUUUCCAGGUGUCGAGGCGUGGCUCGUCGUUUGGCAUGCUCAGCAGCGAGGCGAGCGAUGAUGGCCAAGACAAGUGAGGCCCUGG